UUAAAUCAAAAUUUGUUUUUAGUAAUUUCCAUGAAUUCCAAAAACAUGGACCUAUUUAAUAUCAAAACAAUAAUUUUAUUAACGUUUAUUUUUACUGUUUCAUCGACUAAACCAAAUCCAAAAGUGAUAAUAAUAGGAACAGGACCAUCUGGAAUUGCAGCCGGAACAAAAUUAUAUGAGAAUGGAAUAAAAAAUAUUCUCUGGCUUGAAGCGGAAAAUCGUAUAGGUGGACGUCUUUUUACGCAUAAAUUCGGAGCAAAUGUUAUUGAUUAUGGUGCCCAAUGGUGUGAUGGAGAAAAGGGGAAUGUUGUUUAUGAAAUGGCGUAUCCGUUAGGAUUAUUGGAAUAUUCCAAUCAGAGUGAUGUUAAUUUACAUUUAUUACAAGAUUUUUAUACGCCACAAGGUCAAAUGUUACCCAGAGAUGAAUGUUUAAAAGUUGCUGAGAUAUUAGGAGAAGCUGUUGGUGAUAUAGAGUUAUUGCGUCAAUCUAAUGCUUCUGUAGGAGAGUUUUUGAGAUCAAAAUAUGAAGAAAAAGUGAAAACGGAUUUGAAAGACACUGACCCAAAUUUGGUUUUGUAUGUAUUAGACUGGAUUUAUAGAGCUAAUAGUGCUUACCAUGCAGCAAAUUCAUUGUAUGAUGUAUCAACGCAAGGAAUAGUAAGUUAUUCGGAUAAUGAAGGCGACUCUUUGAUUAAUUGGAAAGGUCGAGGAUAUAAAACAAUUUUAGAUGUGCUAAUGAAAAAAUUACCAGAUCCCAAAAAAGCAUUACCACUAGACGACAAAAUACUUUUAAACAAAGAAGUCAAUAAUAUUAUUUGGAACUCGGAACCAGAUCAAAAUAUGGUAACUGUUAAAUGUUCCGAUGGUUCCGAAUAUAAAGCAGAUCAUGUAAUUGUUACCGUAUCUUUGGGUGUUUUAAAAGAUCAAAUUCGAACAUUAUUUACGCCAAAAUUACCGAGGAAGAAAUUGAAUGCAAUCGAUAAUAUCCAAUUUGGUACACUUGAUAAGUUAAUUUUUGAAUUUGCCCAACCAUGGUGGCCGAAAAAUAGUACGGGAUAUAAUUUUGUUUGGCGUGAGAGUGAAAUUGAAGAAAAAAUAAGAGAAUUUGGGGACGAUGUGUUUAGUAAUACUUGGUUAUUGGAUGUAACUGGAUUUUUUCCCAUCGAAAAUCAACCAAACGUUUUAUUAGGAUGGAUAUAUGGUCAAUCAGCUAACCAUGAAGAAUCACUCCCAGAAGAAGAAGUCAAAUCGAAAGUAUUGAAAUUAAUGCGAAUGUUUUUGGGCAAGAAAUUCAAUAUUCCAGAACCAGUGAAUUUUACUAGAUCAAAAUGGGCUACUAAUAAACAUUUCCUUGGUUCAUAUUCGUAUCGAAGUGUCAAUACUGAAAAAUCUAAAGUAGACGAUAUGGAUUUAGCAAAUCCAUUGAAAAAUUCGGCUGGAAAAGAUGUUGUUUUAUUUGCCGGUGAAGCUACAAAUGCUCAUCGUUAUGGAUGCGUUCAUGGAGCAAUUGAAACGGGUUGGCGAGAGGCUGAUCGACUUUUAAAAACAUAUACUUAAAAAGAAAUUUUUUGACCUUCUGAGGUCAACAUUUGUUAUCGAACAAAGUUUUAAAUUAUAAAAUAAAUUUGUUUUCCCAA